AUGGCCGAGAAACAAGCCAAGAAGCUGGAGGACUGGCUCAACGAGGAGGUCAAGGACGACAAGUGGCAGAGUCUCAUGGGUGUAGCUACGGAGCAGAAGACCGUGGCUUCGGAAGGUAGGUUCCGACUCGAUCUUCAGAAGCCACCGCCCGCGGAAGACCCCUACAACAACCUCCAAGUCCAACUUAAUCACCCAGAGACGGGCAAGAGAGCCAAGAGCAAGAGCAAGAGCAAGAGCCAGAGCGACGCGCUCUCCAAGUACUACCAGCCCCCGGACAGCGUCGCCCUGGUCCACGUAAACAAGGACUGGGCUAGGUCCGCUGAUCUUGCGACGUUCAAGAACACCCUCAUACAGGCGCUUCUGCAGUCGUUCCGCGGAUCUAUGGCGCUGGCUGAGCUUAAUCGGGGCGGCGGAAAGCCGCCUGUCAAGAAGUUCUGGAUCGAUGAGGAAGGGCUUGUGAAGGGCAUGUACCCGGAUGUGUGA